AUGGCUAUUUAUCGUACCGCUUCUGUGCUGGUCGUUGUGCUUGUUCGUGUAUCGAGUGUACCUUCAUCCUCUCUCACGAAUUCCCGGACCAAAACUGCUCGCGGCAACGUACUGAUCUAUGGACCUAUCAUUAGAGUCUCUCCACACGAAGUCCAUAUUGUAGAUCUAGAAUUUCUUGACACUAUCUACUCCUCGUCGAAGGCACGGAACAAGGACCCCUGGCGCGUUAAAACCCUCGACGUCGCGCAGUCUGUCGGCGACUCCGCUGAUCAUGAGCUUCACCGAAGGCGAAGAGCGUCGUUAGUCCCUUUCUUCAGUAAGCCCGCUGUGAGUAAGAUCGAGAGGGUCAUCAAACAGAAGCUUUACAGUCUUCACGAUGUGUUUGAUGUGUACAAAUUUGAAGGAAGACCGAUCAAUCUCUGCGAUCUCUAUUUUGGCUUUACACAGGACAUUGUGAAGAAUUACUGCUUUGGACACGACGAAGAACUUAUUAGCGACAUGGGAAGAGCGAAGCAAGCGCGUAACCAGCUGACAACUUUCAUGAUGCAUUCUCACAUCAACGUCCAUUUCGGGUGGAUCAAUCGCACGUUGCGCAAACUACCCGCCGCUAUGCUAAAGUUCGCCAGCCCGGGACUCUACGAGUUUCAAUCAUUUGCGAAGAAGCUCUUCGGACUCAUUUUGCUCGUUCUCGAUGAACAAAACAAGACGACAGCUAAUAGGUCUGAUGGGCACGCGAUUCCGACACUCUUCCAUGAGCUACGUGACUCUAAUCUUCUCCCAGCGGGGGACAAGACUGCUACACGGCUCCUCAACGAGGCCAUUCUCAUCGUGACUGCUGGAUCUGAAUCUUUGCACAAGUCGUUGUUCAUUAUCCAUUAUCAUCUUUUGGACAAUCCAGAUGUUUUGCGCAAGCUUCGAGCUGAGCUACGCCUUGUUGCUAUAGAUGCGUCAUGGAAUGACCUGGAACGUCUACCGUACCUAACUGCUGUUAUAGCAGAGGGAAACCGCUUGAACUUUGGUCUGACCGGUCGGAACUCCAGGAAUGCCCCGCACGAGGAUCUCAAGUACGGAGAGUAUGUCAUUCCAGCAGGCACUCCUAUGUCCACAAUGAGCAUGUUUGUAAAUUGUAACGAGGAACUUUACCCGGACCCGUGGACGUUUAGGCCGGAGCGCUGGCUCGAUGGAGUGGCGAACGAAAGACGUAAAUUCAUGAUGUCUUUUGGGAAAGGCGCUCGAAGAUGCCUCGGGGUCAACCUAGCUCACAUGAUCAUGUACAAGACGAUAGCUAAGGUCUCAACUUACAACCUCGAUCUAUACCAGACUGACGCCCGAGAUGUGAUAUUCCUGCACGAGUACAUGACAGCGCAGCCGCGGCUUGACUCCAAGGGCGUGCGAGCAGUGGUGAAAGAUACACGAUACAUGGAUGAUUGUAAUAAGGGGUUUCACUGA